CUGUUGUGUUGCAGAAUUCGAUGUUGUCGUAAGCCCGAAACGGACGAAGGGAUUCAAGUGGACAGUGAAUAUUGAGCAUGCGACCCUCGAAGCUCUCAAAGAUUCCAUACAUGCAGUAUACCAAACACCAGCACUUGAAAAUGAUGGAGCGGUGUUCAACGUUGUCUGCGACAGCCGGAAAUACUCACCUCGAAACGAUCAAGCAUUGCGUGAAAUGCUCCGGUUGCUGGUAUCAAAGAAUAACCUCAAGUUUACAGUCUUCAUAGAGACUCCCUCAAAAGCAUUCAACAACUGGACUUUCCCGAAAGUUUGCCAACUCUACAAUCUUAGCGAAGAUCCGAAUCCAGAUGUAUCUGUAUUUCCAACCUUUUCUUGCGGUUGCUCUGAUACGAAAAACGUAAAUUUCCAAGUCGCCCUCGAUAAAUUAAUGGUAGAGCUACAAACCCGUCUUGCCACGACGCCCAUCAACCUCUCGUACGAAGCAACAAAAACGAUAUAUACCUAUUCGUACCUGGCAUCUGCCGUGUCGCUCUUUGAAACACUGAUAAGGAUCCGACCUGAAAAGCUCAUCGAAGGAAAAAAUGGGCAAGGUAAAACUGAUUAUGCGAUGGAAUCAUGUGCGACGGGACGGAUUAUUGACGUUGUAGAAGUCAAGAGGGAAGAUUUUUUGCAAGGCAUUGCGCAGGCAAGCGUACAAAUGGAAUCAUCAUUGGCGAGUCGCAAACGGAAGGUUGAUGAAUUGGAGACUGAACAAGUUGUUGGUUCCGUUUUCGCAAUUGUGACUGAUGCAAAAGAAUUCUACUUCCUUGAAUGUACAUUGGACGAUCAAGAAAAACCAUCAUUCAAGCUCUCAAAACCGGCCGUUGUUGUAUACGAGGAUGAGGAUAUGAAAGUCAAGGUAGAGAAAGUUCUUUCUCAUAUCGUAUGGCUACUAGAAGAGGUUCAAAAAGCGGAUGAAUUGGAAGGUGGAAAUAAAAGAGUUAAGCAUCUCCCAACACAAAUUUUGUUUUGCGCGCGAAUUCAUAAUGAAGCGACGAAUUGGUUUUCUAGGAGUUGUACACAAAGAAAUGAGCGAGAUAUCAAUCCAUUCUUGCUUUACUUCAUUCGUAGCUCAAGUGCCACCAUGAACUCUAUAAAACACGUCAAUUUCGUAAACGAUAUCCGCAGAGUGGAAAACCGUAUAACUGCGGAAUUGUCUGCUAUCAAAAGAUCACGGCGAAACUCAAGCGCUAAUACCGAAUUGCUACAAAAAAUCAACGAUCUCGACCGCAAUAUAAGCCUAAUUGGCUACGAAGUUCGCGACAUCAAAAAUGGUGUUGGCAGUCGCGACAGUAAUUCCGGCUCUCGAAGGUCCGGGUCUAAUAGAAUACCUCAAGAUUACACCGGCGAUAUUCAAAUUCUCUGGCAAGAUUUCGAUCGCCUAUUCAAAGAAAAACGUCGACUAGAGAAACGAACCGGUAUUCCAAAAUUUCAGAAGAAAUAA